AUGAAGGGUUUCUUAAGCCUCUUUUCCCUUAUCCUGGUAGUGGCCGCCGACAUCUCCUUACAGACUUUUAUCGAUGACAAUUGCGGAGCAGACGGAAGUACCGCCAUCCAAGAUGUCCAUGCCAACGGCAAAGAUACGGUCGACAGCAGCGGGUGUGAGCUACAGGGUCAAUUCAACUCGGUAAACAUCGUCAGCGUCGACCCGGGCUUUAAGUGCAAUAUCUACAGCGACACGGCGUGCCAAAACUUUAUCAUGUCGACAGAGAUAGUCGCAUGCACGCCUGUGAUCGGGCAGGGGGUUAGCUGCUUCAACCAAGCCACCUUUGAUAACCCGUUUAUCGAAUCGACGAGCGAUGUCGCGAUUGGCGCCUUAACAGUUCAGGUUGUCGGUGGAGACUCGCUGCAGAACCAGAUCAACAAUGCUGUCAACCAGGCAUGCACAAGUGGUAGUGCUUGCGAUCCUACUAACACGCUCGUUCUCUCGCAAACUUUCGGACCCGGCAAUCCUGCGUGUAACGAAGGGCUGCAAGAUAUCGACCCGAAGGCGUGUUCCUCGGAAACAUGCACCACCACGAUCUCAAUGUCAGGAAGCUUCGAUGACAACAACCAAAGAGACUAUAUGAAAGCUGUAAUCCAAAAAGCUUUGAAUAACACUCCGGCUCUAGUUUCUUUUGUCGCAGUCCAGGUUGUUGACAAGAAUAAGGCUUUACAAGCGUCCAUGACAGUCAGUACCGCCAGUCAAUGCACUACCAUUCGACCUCCUCCCGACUUUCAGUGUUCAGAUACUUUGAAGGAUCUUGUGAGUGGCGCACUAGGGUUGGUACCGGAUGUGGGAGGAGUUGCGUCGCUCUCUUUUCAAGUGGCUUGUGACGCGAGUAAAGGUGGAUAG